CAUAGUACCUAGGGAGACAGUCAACUGAGUCAAGUAAAAGUGCUAUUUAAAUUAAGUGUGAGAGUAUAAUUUUAAAACAUGCAUUUAGGUUUUAUUUAAAUUAUGUUUCCAUGAAUUUGCAGUUGCAAAAUUUUCCCAAGUCAAAUUUUAAUGACAUUGACAAUUGACACAAGCAUUGAGAUUGAAGCAAAAAAUUGCGAACCGUCUGUGCGUUUCUUACUAAUUUUCUAAUCAAAACAAACAAAUAAAACUAUUUUUAGAUAAAGCAACUAUUGUGGAUAUAUAAAAUAUAUUGGAAACCUUUCAUAUUUUUGUGUUUUAUAAAUGAAUUAAAAGGUAAUGCCCGGGGGACGCAAACGGUGGAAUUUACAUGAACGAUCUUGUUUCAGAUGGACCUCAAGGGUCACUACGUCGACUUAGGAAUCAGUUAGCUGAGGAUGGUUGUGCUGAAUCUCAAGUGGUACUGGCUAAACAGCUCUUGGAAGAAAAAUGUGAGCUUGAGGCUGACAAGAUAUCAAAUUUCAAACAGGCUUUAGAAUGGCUCAUAUGCGCAACGGAACAAGCACACCCGGAAGCAAGGAGGCUUUUAAGAAGGUGUAUCCGUAGCGGCGUCAUAGAUGAGGACAGCGCAGCGAUAGUACGUGCCAAGUCUUGUCUGGCGGCUAGCAGACAGGAGACAGUCGCUAGGAAAGCGGCUAGAGAUCUAUUUGCCAGUUUGUCGAAUGGUGAACAAUACAUAACAACGGUUCAACUCGAACGUCGGAUAAGAGAGAUUUGCAAUACGACGUUACGGAAGACAGCGGCCGAAGACAGCGAUUCUCCUGACGACGAUAACUCAGAAGCGGCAAAUGCGCUAGACGAUGCCGCACAAGCAUUAGAACCAUCUGACCUACAAGCUGGCGAUCACAUAAACAGUAAUGGAACGCUGCGUACCUCACAUGACCUCGAAGAAGAUGUACCUGACAGAUGUUCGAAUGAAGAGAUACGUAACUUGACAGUUGACAAUCUAGUAUCGGCAGCGGUCGAUUAUUGUCAGGGCGAACUGCCUCUAGUCAGCUAUGAAUUGACCUUAACGGACCCUAGCGUUAAGUCUCUCGAUCACAUUCCAUUGCUUCAACAAGCCUUUCUACAUCCAAUAGUUUUCUUACAAGUUUUAUAUCUCAAACUACUCUAUUACUUUGGUUCGUUUUCGUUUAGAUUAUCCAACAUAGAGCUGUCUUUAGUUCUAAUAGCGUAUCUAUUCGUUAGUGCCGAUAGUUUGUAUCAUUUAGUUCCGCUAGUCCUUUACUACGUCAGUUUCGUCGCCAUGGUGAUUUGCACGUUCAAAAUGUUGCAUGCGAAACGACAGUUUAUCGAUUUUCGUAAGUGGUCCGGUCUCUUCUUGAGGUACAGCGACGGUAAUUUGCAACCAGACGAGUCUGAGAAUUUGUUUGUACGCAACAAUCUGGGUCCGUUCAUUCAGUUCUUUGUGGCGUUGUUUGUGAAUUUAUUUUUAUAUCCCUUUAUAGCAACACAAUGGGUUCCGUUUUCUGAGCUCUGCGUGUUGUCCUUCUUUCUGAUGUUCCUUACACUGUGUUCAUUUGGAGCUAACGGGAACCCUUAUCCGGACGUUUUAGCUCUAAUUUCAUUCGCCAUUAACGUGCUGGCCAAAUACCCCUACGAGAAGGAUACAGUUGUACAUCAGGGGUGGAGAUUUUUAGAUUUUCACAUAUCGAAUUAUCCGUCUUAUGUCCUCGGGAAUAGCAUAGAGUUUUGUUUGAACGGUCGAAUGUUCUUUUCGUUGUUGAUACCGGUCAUUUUGGUGUUGAUGGCGCGCAGAAGCGAUUGGCAGGGUUUUUUUAAACAAACGCUACCACAUUGCGUGACUUUAAGCUGGUUGCAGAUGUUCAUAAUGUCUUCACAUGGCUGUACCACGUACGGAUUGAUUAGGGGGACAUUGGCGUUAGUGUGUUCAUUCCUAUUUCUUCCAUUAAUCGGAGUGAUGACCGUGACCUUGCCAUUAUUCGCGUUUCUGCAGUACAUUACGUUGCCAAGGAUUAUUUAUACGGCGACCAUGGUGUUGAGCUUUGGCCUAAGUUUGGGCUUUACUUGUUUGCUGGCAAAGUCUGAAGCAACGAAGCGAUUUGUCACUCCGUUUCAGCUCGUAUUCGGUACAUUAGCCAUUAUAUACUUUGGGAACCAGUUCGUUUUGAACAUACGCGAUGACGGUCUCCCGUCAGGCCUUAUCGAACUGUUGGCCGAUGAGAAGCCGAGCAUAAAGAACCUUCUAAAAAACGAAUUCCUUAGCGAAUACGAAGACAACAAUUACCACAUAAAUUGGGACGAUUAUUACACUCACUGUAACAAUCCAUCUUGGACUGAUUAUAAUAUAGCCGCAACUCAAAUCAAGUGUUCGGUACUAGAGGGCGCGAACGUCAACUGGGAAGGUUAUGUCAAAGAUGUCAGUUUAUUAAACGUCAAAAAUAAAUGGAGGGACUUUGCGUAUUGGUUGCCGGGUUUCUUGCAAGAGUACUUUAAGUGCUAUUACGGCGAGGAGUAUUCGAAUGUGUGUCGAGGCUCGGACGGUGUUCAGUCUGUGGCGGAAUGCGAAUUCGUUAGCAGUGUUGCCAGGCAAAGCGGAAAGAGUUGCCAUCUUGAUAACUUGAAUGAAUACACGUAUGAAGUGAAAUUAAUGAUGGAAGCCAGUGGCGGUAUUUUGAAGCGCCACGCGGAAAUCGUCAUACACUUUGGUCAUUAUUUUACGAAUUUUACACGUUUACUGCGAUCGGACGACAAGAUACGUUUUAAAGGGACGCUUUCGAACGAAAACCGACCUUAUAACAUUGGCGCUAAGGACUUGACUAUAAGGGGCUACGAAAUUAACUGUUUGGAAUGCAAAGAGGCGCGCGGCUCUGUGACUCUGAAGACGUCGUCCGCAUCGAAAUUCUCUGAGCUGUUUAAAACAAUUGUGAAUGAUUGCGUUGUAUCGACAAAGUAUAUUUUGAAUUUCAUGUUGAAUCCUAUAAUUGUUUUCAAAUAAAUGUAUUUAUAUGUUU